AUGCAAGCUCUGAAUAAACGACUCUCUCGAGCUCUUCUCUACUACUCCGCUUCGAUUCGAUCGGUAAAUGGUUAUGAUAAUUCGCUUUUCUCACAGAGAACUAUCACCACUUCCAGCCGCCAAUCAAUAUGCCAGCCGCCGGUUUAUGAAUUUUUCGCUUCACCUUGGUCGGCAACCCAGCUCCGCAGUGCUAGAUUCUCCGGCGCUGAUGUGAGACCGGGAAAUGUCAUUGAAAGGAGAGGAAAGAUUUAUCAGAUCGUGGGUGAGGAAAUUAAGGACCUGUUUUCUCUUCUUAGCUUAGAACGCCAAUUUCUUUCUUUGGCUAAGUCCUGGUUGGCUGGUCAGCCCAGAGGACUCGUGCCGUCUUCUUGGAGCAGCAAGGAUUUUCUAGAUGAUAUGAAAGUGACUGUGCAGCUCUAUGAUGAAAGACCAAUGUCUGCAUCAGUUCCACAACGAGUGACUUGUACUGUAAUGGAAGCAGCUGAGCCUAUAAAGGGAAUUGGAGCAACUCCUCAUUAUAAAAAGGUUUUGUUGGACAAUGGUCUCACAAUCCAGUUCAUUGUUGUUGUGACCAUUUCAAAAAUUAUUCUUGCGGUGGAGUAUGGUAAAUGUAUAUUCCAACGAUUAAAUUUGUCCGUGACAAAGAAUGAUUAG